CAUUUGGACGCAAAAACAAAACAAAACUCGAAGUUCGCAGUUUUUGCAAAAGGAUUUUCAUGUUUUUAGAAAGAAUAAUUCAUAAUUAUUAUUAAAAUUUAGUGUAAUUGAGUGGAAAGUAUGUCUAACUCUGUUCCAGUGGAUCCAGUAGUGACCACUGGAGGUGACGCAAACGAGAGUACUGAGGACAUCGCAGCAGUGGAGAGCUUACCCAUUAAUGAUGAAUUCCAUAACAAAGAGGAAGCUCGGCAGGAUGCAUUCCAGAGAGGUAAAAAACCGGGUCGCCCUCGCAAGCCUCGUCCGGAGGUUUUAUCCUUGGAGGAGUAUGAUGACGAUGAUUAUGAUCCUGGUGCAAAGGAGAAAGUUGAGGGUCGUAAAAAAGGUCGACCUCGAUCCAAGCCAGAAGACGAAAGUCCACAGCAGGAAAAGAAGAAACGAGGACGUCCCAAAGACGAAACAAGAUCCAAUGUGACCUGCGAUCUCUGCGGAAAAUUCUUCAAGUAUCGAGUCCUGCUGAAACGGCAUGAGCAAACGCAUUACGGUAUUAAGGAAUUUGAGUGUGAAAUUUGUCACAAACGGUUUCUGCAAAAGGGCGGACUCACGGUCCACCUAAGGCAACACACUGGAGAACGCCCGUACAAGUGUCCGUACUGUCCGGCAAGCUUCCGAGGGCAAUCCUCGCUGGACUGUCACGUUUUUCGGCAUACCCAGCAGGGAACCAAGUGCCCUCAGUGUCCAUCGGUGUUUGCCACGCCGGCGAUUGUUAAGCAACAUAUCAGGGAAGUUCACAUCACGGAGAAGCCCCAUACGUGUCAGAUCUGUGGAGAAAGCUAUAAGCAUCGGAAGAGCUUAACCACUCAUUUGGAGGACCAUGACAAACGGAUCUGCACGGUUUGCGGGAAGGUGUUCAACACGAUGUUCGCCUUAAUGACCCAUAGACACAUUCACGAACAGAACCAAAAAUGUACCUUCUGCAGCAGGUCGUUCAAAUCGGACGAAGAACUUCAAGCGCAUAGCAAAUUGCGAGGGAGAGUGUUUCAGUGCGAAAUGUGCUGCUACAGUUUCAAUAAGGCUGAGUUUUUGAACAAUCAUCACAGGAGGGAUCACUGGAAGGAGCUUGGGUUGGAGCGGCUAGCCCGGAAGGUUGUUCCACGACCAAAGAAACCCAAACCGGAAGGACCGAAGCUGAGGAAGUCCAGGAUUGCACUGCCCAUUGUUACGAUUGGAAGCGAUCGUGUGGACAAGCUGGAAACUAAUUCGCUUACAGACCCGUCAAAAGAAGCAAUUCACCAAGUUGAAGCGACAGUGAAAUGUACGACAACUGAAUCAAUAGAAGGACUUCCCACUUUAGACACUAACGACGAAACACUGCCGACUAAACGAGAAUUGAUAUCACCAACAAAGCGAGAACUGAAGAAGGAAGGUGAGGAAGACCAGUCGGAUUACGAUUACAACGACGAUGUACACGACUACGGGUCGGAUGAAGAAGAUGUGAAAAUCUUCAGCGAAAAGGCGGAAUGUCUGCCAAAGGUGGAAAUCAAAGAAGAGGUUGAUUCCCAACCUGUUGAGGCAACUGUGCCGCCUUCGUUGGAGCCGGGCGACUUCGUCAAGAUUGAAAUUACGGAAACUGAUAAGCAGGAUGGGAAUCUAGAAGAGGAAGAUCCCAUUGAUGCGGGCAAGACCGAGGAGAAAGAAGAGCAAAAAGAGGAAUCGUCGGAAAGUGAAGAUGGUGAUGUACCUUUGGGAGAUUCAAACGAUGAGGAAAAGACUGAAGAGAAAGAGGAGGAAAAGGAGAAACAAUCGGAAAGUGAAGAUGAUGACGUUCCUCUGGCGGUUCUGAGUUCGAAGUCUCGUUCCAAAGCAUCUGAUUUAGAAACUUUUCCCAGUAAAAGGAAAGAAAAAGAACCCGAUGAUGACUCAUCGGACAACGGCAAACUGUAUUCCAUCGGUGAUCCCUCCGAUAGCGAUCCUUCGAGUUCGGCCCAAUCUAGCGAAGAAGACGACGUCGAAAUUGAGAAGCCCAAUCCAAAGCGCAAACGAAGACGGAAACAACAAGGUAAACGGACAGUCAAAGGUUCCCGUCAGAAGCGCAGCCUGAAGUGCUUGAUUUGUGGAGAAGCCUUCGAGGGCAGGGCCUCUCUCAAGGAGCACAGGAAAUCCGCUCAUCCGGAUGUGAAGGCCAAUUCAGGGCCACUAAUCUGCGAGUUGUGUGGCAAGAAAUAUGCCACCAUAACGUCCCUGGUCGUCCACCGGAGUCAGCACAAGGAAUACCAGCGGUUCAAGUGUGACGAGUGUCCAAAGGCCUUCACCUUUCAGUGCUAUCUGGAGAAUCACAUACGAAUAGAGCACCGCAACGAAAGACUCAUCUGUCCACUGUGCGGCAAACUGUUUAAGUACGGUCCAGAUUUGAAGCGCCACUCGCUUCAGCACGAAGAGGACAAGCCGUUCAAGUGCGAGGAAUGUCCGGCGGCGUUCCGACAUCCCAGCGCGCUGCACAGCCACAAAGCUAUCCACGAGAAGCUGGUGUUCACGUGUACAAUUUGCAAUAAGACUUUCCGAUACGCCAACAGUUUGCGGGUGCAUAAGCGAUUGCACAGUGGAGUUAAGCGAUUCCGAUGCGAGAUUUGUGAUAGGGAGUUUAGCCAGAAGGCACCGUUGAUGAAGCACAUGUCCAUUCACUCGGUGGAUCGACAGGUCAAGUGCGUUGUCUGUGAUAAAGUGUACUAUAAGAAGGUCGAGCUGAUCAUUCAUCAGGCGAAGGAACAUCCGAAUCACCCGCUAAUUGGGAAGACGAUCAAGAUUCAUGCCUGUAAAAUCUGCGGAAUGGAGUUCACGAAGGAGGGCCAUCUGAGGAUACAUUCCGACAUCCAUGGGAACGAGUACCGGUUCAAGUGCGACAUGUGCGAAGAUCAAAAGUUCAAACAGAAGGCUGGGCUGAGGCAUCAUUGGAAGCAUUUCCAUCACAUGGAACCACCGAAGAGAAAUCUGGGUAAAAAGCCGGAAGUAAAGAAGGUCGAAAAGGUGGUGGUCCGUACUGUGACGGGUGCCGAGUUGGAGCCGCCGCCAAUUUUGGAGAUUAACACCGAUUUCGACUUCAUGAUGCAGCGAAUAGAGUGCGAGGCGACUGGGUCGAACUGAAAGGGA